ACGUCCUGCGAGAUCGAUUCAGCGCACGGCCAUGUUAAAUCUCUAGACGGAAGAGACAAAGCCACAGCAACAAAGAAUAUUUCAAGAAGCGUUCGAAGAAUAAUCAAAUCCACGAAGAUUCAAAUCCUUCAAAAUUAGGAGGUGUUCCAGAAAUUCCUCCACUGAAGUGUUUAGGAACUGUGACAGUAAAGUGAGGAAAAACAAGACCUCGCCAAGUCAAGAGUGGAUGCAUUUAUGGACUGUUAACUUAAUUUUGGACUCAUAAUCCUGCAUUGACUUUCUGCUUGAAAUCCCUUGGUGUCAGCAGAGCUUUUCAGCAGGUUAAAUAGGAGCAAUUGACACCGAGCGAAUUCCUCACAACGAAGAGAACACAAGAAUUUUUAAGAGCACAUUACCAACCUUUUGCUGAGCCUUGUGCUUUUGAAUGUACAUACUUACAAUUUUUUGGAUACCAAAAGGAAUACAGAGGGUACGAAAGGAUUUUUGCAAUCCAGCUGUUUAAAAAAAAAAAGAGAGAAAAGAAAAAAAAACUGAAUACUUUGUAAUUUUUCAGGGAUAACAAAAAAGUGACUUUUUGAGAAGCAUUAAUAGAUUGCAUAUUUGAAAUCCUUGUGCAAGACUUGAAUUUUACAAGUACUUGUUUCCUAGUUAUUUUCUACGCUGACUCUAGACUUGUGAUAUAUUUAUUCAUAUAAAUAUAAUUUUCUCCUUUUUUGGGAGAGCUUAUUAUAAACAAUUGUUAUACGCCAGGCACUCUUCUUUUUAAGAGGUCUGUACGUACAUAACUGUUUACACAAAAGCGCAUUGAGCGUAAUCGUAAACAGUUAAGCAAAGAGCUGAAAAGUAGCAAAAAAAAUUAUUUGCUUGAAAGUGUUGAAGAAAAUAUUUGACAAUGGCUACAGCGAGAACUGAGAUCCCUGCUUCAGUCAUGCCAGUGACCAAACAAAAUGGACAGUCCAAGCCCAUGAGCCUACAGACGGGAUCUUUUUCUUCCUCAACACCGUCAGGAAAGACACCUGUGAUGCCCCAGAAAGGAAGCAGUAUACCCCAAAGCAGUGGCGGUAUCAGGUUUGGAGAUGACUGGAAGAAGUGCCUGCAGCUUCCACCAAAAGACACAAGAGUCAGAACUACAGAUGUGACUGCAACCAAGGGGAACGAGUUUGAAGAUUACUGCCUUAAGAGGGAACUACUCAUGGGCAUAUUUGAGAUGGGCUGGGAAAAGCCUUCUCCUAUACAGGAGGAAAGUAUUCCUAUUGCAUUGUCAGGGAGGGACAUUCUCGCCAGAGCUAAAAAUGGCACAGGUAAAAGUGGAGCCUACCUCAUCCCCCUCUUGGAAAGGAUUGAUCUGAAGAAGGACUAUAUUCAAGCCAUAGUGUUGGUACCAACACGUGAGUUGGCUCUACAGGUGAGCCAAAUAAGCAUCAACAUGAGCAAACACCUCGGUGGCAUCAAAGUUAUGGCUACAACAGGUGGCACCAACCUGAGGGAUGACAUCAUGCGCCUUGAUGAGAUUGUUCAUGUUAUAAUAGCUACCCCUGGAAGGAUCCUGGACUUAAUAAAGAAAGGUGUGGCCAAGGUUGACAAAGUUCAGAUGGCUGUGAUGGAUGAGGCUGACAAGUUGCUUUCUCAAGACUUUGUGGUGCUCAUUGAAGACAUCAUCAGCUUCCUUCCCAAAAAACGCCAGAUUCUUCUCUAUUCUGCCACUUUCCCCAUCAGUGUGCAGAAGUUUAUGACCAAACAUCUUCAGAAGCCAUAUGAAAUCAAUCUGAUGGAUGAGCUGACACUGAAAGGCAUCACCCAGUACUAUGCCUAUGUGACGGAAAGACAGAAAGUGCACUGUCUCAACACACUGUUCUCCAGGCUCCAAAUCAACCAGUCAAUCAUCUUCUGUAACUCCACCCAAAGGGUUGAACUUCUCGCCAAGAAGAUCACACAACUUGGCUAUUCUUGCUUUUACAUCCAUGCAAAGAUGAUGCAGGAAUACAGAAACCGUGUGUUCCAUGACUUCAGAAAUGGACUGUGUAGGAACCUGGUCUGCACAGACCUUUUCACAAGAGGAAUUGAUAUCCAGGCUGUCAAUGUUGUCAUCAACUUUGACUUCCCCAAAAAUGCAGAGACGUACUUGCAUCGCAUUGGUCGAUCAGGAAGAUAUGGUCACCUGGGUCUGGCCAUUAACCUGAUCACCUCAGAAGAUCGUUUCAAUCUAAAAGGCAUUGAGGACCAGCUGAUGACUGACAUAAAGCCCAUACCCAGCAGCAUUGACAAGAGCCUGUAUGUGGCAGAGUUUCACUCUUUGAACCCUGACGAGGAGGAGGCUGCGCACAAAGCAGGCGAGCUUAAUUAACCCUUUCUGGAGAAUAAAGGGACCAAUGCUUGGUAUUCUGCACAAUUUCUACUGAAGACAGAUGCAUCUUUCCCCCCCAUUUUUUUUUCUUUGUUUGCUGUAGUUUUAUUUUCUCACCAAAUGCUUCAGGAGUUUGGAACUGCCAUUUGUUAAAUGUGAUCGGCUGCUUCGUUUUUCAGGGCCAGUAUAAAUCAUUAGGCUUGUUGUUCUCUAUGGACUCACCAAGGCAGCUUUACCCCGUUUUCCAUUUGGAGCACAAUAAGCCACUGUUCUUUGGACCCAGAGCACUGGCAAAGACCAUUCACCGUCCAUAACUGCUGUUCACAAAGAUUCUUUUCCCUCUUUUAUAUACCAGAACAAUGAAAAUAGAAAAUACUGGCAGGAGAGGGUGCCAAAAAAACACACAUGCCCAAGCUUUAUUAGGAGUACCUUUUAGUGCUCCCAAUCCAACACCUAAUGUGAAAAUGUUUUUGCACGUUAUAUAAUUUUUACUCAGAGCUUUACAGUUGAUCAGGGAAAACCAGGGAAGUUGCUUCAACACUCGUAAUGGUCUACUUGUGGUUGUUUACAGCCGUGUGUGUGUGUGUCUGUCCUCUUUCAACUUCAGCUUUUUCUUUGGCUAACUUCUGACUCGACACGGUCAUCUUUCCCAAAUGAUCUUGAAACCCUACAACCCAUUCUUAAAUGGUCCAUGCAUUUUCAUUGUCAUUUCGGCUGUCUUUGUUUCAAUAAGUGCCUUAAUCUAUUAACUACUUCCUCUGGGAGCACUGUAGGUGCGUCAUGCAAAAAACACUCUGUUUUGGUCUGGAUUGUCAGAAAAAGAUAUUUAGAUUGGCCACUGAUUCUCUAUUUGACCCACACGUCUGUUGGUAGUGAACUCUACCUGCCUUCCCGUUGGCUGGGUGAGCAAUAGAUGUGCUGUUUAUGACAACCCGGUACCUUAGCUUAUUUGAUUAGGUUUUUCUUUCUGAAAUUCAGCCUGGGUGUUUUGAAAACUGGUUAACCGUUCAGGUUUAUUGUACUAUUUCCCCCAUGUUUUGAAUCCCCAAAAAGAUUCAAUUCAUUGAUCAGUUUCGAUCUUUCCCUGGUGGUGUCUAAUGCACAGAAAGAGACAGUCUUUUACAACAUAUCAGCACAAAUGCUGUGAUGAAAUGGCAGCUGUAAUAAAGUCGGUAGCUCUCAAAGUGUAAAGUUCUGUGUCCCCUGUUGUAUAUGUUGAAUUGUGCUCUCUUUGCCAUGUGUUGUAUUGAAUAGACGCUGUAUGUUUUACUGCGAGGAUUCAUGGGAGAAUGGCCAAAGCUUUUUUUUGCUCCAAAUGUUAAUCCCAGCCUAUACUGUCCCGUCUCUUUUAAAGAAAAUAAAGUCCAGCAUAUUCUCCAAA